CCUUCAGUCGUCGUCGCGCGUCCACGUCUACGUCCACUUUGUAUCCGUACCUCGUCUUUUGUUCAAAAAUGGGGGCCUCGGAAGAACUAGAAUACCUGAAAUCCCUCGUCUCUCAACUCAAUGGGAAGAUUGCGGCGAUUGAGGCGAAGGCGAAGGGAUCUCCGUCCCCGACCCCAGCUCAGCAGCUUCGAACAAUCUUAAUUGGACCUCCGGGUGCUGGAAAGGGAACCCAGGCCCCGAAAAUCAGAGAUGAAUUCUGCGUCUGCCACUUGGCUACUGGUGACAUGUUGCGCGAGCAAGUCCAGCAAAAGACUCCUCUUGGCAUUGAAGCAAAGAAAAUUAUGGAUGCUGGAGGUCUCGUUUCAGACGACAUCAUGGUCGGCAUAAUCAAAGACCAGCUCGAGAACAACAAGUCUUGCAAGAAUGGGUUUGUCUUAGACGGUUUCCCGCGAACGAUUCCCCAAGCUCAGAAGCUGGACGGCAUGUUGGCAGAGCGCAAAGAGAAAAUUGAUUCUGUGGUCCAACUUCUCAUCGACGACCAGCUUCUUAUUUCGCGUAUCACCGGUCGCCUUGUCCACCCCGCCAGCGGACGGUCGUACCAUAAGGAAUUCAACCCACCCAAAAAGCGUAACGUAGACGACGUCACGGGGGAACCUUUGAUUCAGCGCUCCGACGACAAUGUGGAGACACUUACCAAACGCCUUCGCACGUUCCACUCGCAAACAGGACCUGUGGUGGAUUACUACAAGGUGAAGGGAUUGUGGCAUGGGAUCGACGCUGCUCAAUCACCGAGCGUGGUUUGGGAGAACCUUCGAUCAAUUUUCGUCAGUAAAAAGUAGACAUGCUCUAGAUUUGUGGUGGUUGACAACAUAGAAACGUCGAUCUUUUCUUUGGCACCGUCAGCCCGGAC